AUGGAAUUAUAAAAAUAUGCAGAUGCUCAUUCUCAUAUCUAAGAUUUUGAGAAUGUCGAUUAAAUAGUAAAGGAAUCAGUAGAGUCAGGCAUUAAUCAUAUAAGUAUUACUAUUUAUAAUACAUAUAUAGUCUGUAAUUCUACAACUUUUGAUUUUCUACCUCCAUCUCUUCUAAACUUAUAUCCAUUUAUAAUACCUUGUAUUGGUUUACAUCCUUGGUAUAUUAAUAAGGAAUAGAAUAUUGAGUAUGAAAAGAUGGAAAAUAUAUUAAAAUUGGAUGAGAGAAUUUAAGUGGGAGAAAUUGGAUUAGAUUUCAUAAAAGCAAAAGAAAAAGAAGAUUAAAAACGAUAAUGUGAAGUUUUUAUAACUUAAUUAUAAUUGGCCAUUAAAUAUAAUAGAUCAAUGAGUAUUCAUUGUGUUAGAGCUUCUGGAGAAAUGCUAAAAAUCUUCAAAAAAUAAUUAAAGGGUUAAAAUUAUAAUGCUUCAAUCAUUAUGCACAGUUAUGGAUGUCCAAAAGAAAUUACAGGUAGUUUGGAUAAAUUAUAUCCAAAUUUUUAUUAUUCUCUUUGUUUAAAUAUGAAAAUGGAACAAUUAAAUAAUAUUGAUAAAAAUAAAUUGCUUUUUGAAACUGAUGCUCCUUAUUAAUACAAUCCAAAAAUAGUAGAAUCUGAUGAUUAAAAAUCUCAUCCAAAAUUUUUGAUUAAAUUAAUCCAAGACUGUGCUACAUAUUUGAAUGAACCUUUAUUACCAUAAAUAGUAUAUAAUAAUUUUAGAAGAGCACUCAAAUUAUGA